UUCUUUUCAUCUUAUCUACCACCACUUUGCUUAUGAAAAAUCAGAAGCAGCCUCAUUUUCAUCGAAAACAUGUUUCUUUCAUCCCUUCCCCUGUUUCUCAUUUUCACACUCAUCUUCAUUCUCUCCGCCAUCACCUUGUUCCUCCGUCGUAAACAACCAAAAUAUGACCGGAGACAACCACCAGGUCCACGGGGAUAUCCAGUCAUCGGUAACCUCCACUUGCUGGGUACUCUCCCACACCGUGCACUCCAAGCCUUGUCCAAAAAACACGGUCCUAUCAUGUUACUACGUUUAGGACAAGUCCCAACAAUCAUUGUUUCUUCCUCUUCAGCAGCAGAACAAUUCCUCAAAACACACGACGUUGUUUUCUCUUCCCGUCCAAAACUUGAAGCCACCCAUUAUCUUUCUUAUGGUUCUAAAGGGUUGGUUUUUGCUGAAUACGGUGCCUAUUGGCGUAAUAUGAGGAAGGUUUGCACUUUGCAGCUUUUAAGUGCUUCUAAAGUUGAAUCGUUUGGGCCUUUGAGGCAGAGGGAACUAAAAGUGGCUUUGGAAUCGUUGAAGAAAGCUGUGAGUUUGGGUGAGGUUGUUGAUGUGAGUGAGUUUGUGCAUGGUGUUAUAGCAGAUAUUGUGUAUAAAAUGGUGCUGGGGUGUAGUGUUGAUGAGGAGUUUGAUUUGAAGGGGCAAAUUCAACAAGGGAUGGAACUUUCUGGCACCUUUAAUCUUGCUGAUUAUGUUCCUUUUCUUGGAGUUUUUGAUCUUCAGGGAUUAAAAAGAAGGUACAAGAAAACUGCUAAAGCAAUGGAUCAAGUGUUUGAGAAGAUAAUUAAGGAACGUGAACAAAGUUCACAUGUGCAAAAUGAAGGGCAGAAACACAAAAACUUCAUAGACAUUCUACUCUCACUGACGCACCAGACGAUUGAUCCCUCUGACGAACAAAGCCAUGUCAUUGAUCGAACAAACAUAAAGGCUAUAGCCUUAGACAUGAUCGCCGCGGCAUUUGACACUUCUGCAACCAUUGUGGAGUGGGCUUUAUCCGAGCUCAUGAGGCAUCCAAGAGUAAUGAAAAAUCUCCAACAAGAGCUGGAUAGUGUAGUUGGGAUGAACAAAUUAGUGGAGGAGAAUGAUAUGGCAAAGUUAAGUUACUUAGAUAUUGUGAUCAUGGAGACCUUAAGAUUAUAUCCUGCAGGACCACUUGUGCCGCGCGAGUCAACAGAGGAUGCUACAGUUCAUGGUUAUUUCAUAAAGAAAAAAACAAGAGUAAUUGUGAAUUUGUGGGCAAUAGGAAGAGAUUCUAAGAUAUGGUCUAAUAAUGCCGAAGAAUUUUAUCCAGAGAGAUUUGUGGAUAAAAACUUCGACUACCGUGGACAUGAUUUCCAAUUUAUACCAUUUGGUUUCGGUCGAAGAGGAUGUCCUGGAAUAAACUUGGGACUAGCUACAGUUAAACUUGUUGUUGCUCAAUUGAUACAUUGCUUUUCUUGGAAGCUUCCCUCAAAUAUGACUAUAAAUGAUUUAGACAUGACUGAAAAGUUUGGUCUCUCAAUCCCAAGAGCCAAACACUUGCUUGCAGUGCCAACAUAUCGCCUUCAUGGGGAAGCAACAUGACCAAUUAAGUUUGCUUUAGUUCAAGGAUUGAACUAAUGUAAAGUUGUACUACUACUGUGGUGUUUAUCUUGUGUAUGAAUUAUAUCAUAGAACAAUAUAAUGAACUAAAAUGUUGUACAAAACUUACACAAGACAAUAAGAACAUCAUAUCAUUUGAUAUGGUUAUUUGAA